AUUAUCUCCCUGUUUUGGUUUACCCCUUUACCCCUUCACCCCCUGCAAGAACAGAAUAAUGGAACCCCAGCUAGCUGCUAUCACUUCCCCUCGCUCUCUCACCACCAUGUUUCGCAAGAAAGCAAUUUGAUAUCCUUCCGAUGGAAGCACCGCAUUAUCAUGGAGCAUCUGCUUUAAACUAGCCGACGAGUGUUAUAUAUGGUCGUAUUUUCGCUCCUUCGAGGUUUGAACUUUCACCAAACAUCAUCUUGCUUCUGAUGUGCCAUCACGUACAGAGAGGAAAUCAUCUAAGUCCAAGUCUUGUCUUCAGCACGUUUACUGACUCAACCAAGGAGAUCAGAGAGAUAUAAACAUCCAUUAUCAACAAUAUGCAAUUGUCAAUUACAUUGGUGCAGCUAUGGAACGAGUGGGAAAUCAGGUUGCUUGUGCUUCUCAGUUUUACACUGCAACUAUUCCUCUUCUUCACAGGGGGGCGUAGGAGACGAAGCAGUAACAAAUUGCUAAGAUUCUCUAUUUGGUUGGCUUAUUUGGGGGCAGACAUGAUUGCAUUUUAUACUCUUGGUCAGAUCUCUCGACUUGGAGAUUCUAUCAAUAGUAGGGAUCCGUUUACAGGGACCAUGUCUUUGGCAUUCUUUUGGGCACCUUUCCUUCUUGUUCAUCUUGGCGGACAAGACACUAUUACUGCCUUUUCAUCUGAGGAUAACAAUUUGUGGCUAAGGCAUUUUCUGAAUCUUUUAGUUGAAGUCAGCCUUGCAUUAUAUGUCUUUUGGAAAUCAAUGGGGAACAACAACCAGCUUUUAGUUCCAGCCAUGUUUGUCUUUGUUUCUGGAAUAAUUAAGUACUGGGAGAGGAUAUGGGCUCUCAAGUAUGGGAGUAAGACUGACCUUAAUAGCACCACUAGUAACUAUGAAAAUAAUCAAUUGCCACUACUAAGUGUUGAGCAAGAUAGAUACUGUGACAUUGUUUGCUAUGCUCUCCGCACGGCACGCUAUAUUCGGGGAUUCCUUGCAGGGCGGGCGACCUUUCAGAUGGGGCAUGAAAUUCGGUUUACAUUAGUAGAAUAUUUUGGAAGAUUUGCAGAGCAUGGGGCAAAACUUAAGAUCAUUGAGAUGGAGCUCGCUAUUAUAUAUGAUGAUCUCUACACCAAGGCUGUUCUGUUUAGGACAUGGACAGGUAGCAUAUUUCGUUGUGUUGUGCAUAUCUCUACAGUGGUUGCUUUUGUGCUCUUCUACGCAAACAGGAAAGAAAGCUAUAGCAGAGUGGAUAUUGCAGUAACAUAUGCAUUACUCAUUGGUAGCACUUUUAUGGAACUUGUUUCAAUUAUUAUGGCAAUGGUAUCACCAUGGGCAUGGGCAUUCUUGAAAGCACGGAAUUUUCACUGGCUUACCAACUUGUUCUGGUCUAUCUUCAACAUUGUUCAGCCGGAGAAGAGGCUGUGGUGGUCAGAUUCCAUGGGGCAAUAUAACCUUCUGCGCUCCAUAUUCUGAAUCACCAAUCAUUGGCAUGAUCAGAAAUAUCAUAAAUUCUGUUGGUUUGGCUAAGGUCUGGAAGCACUUACGGCACACCAAGGAUGUCAAAGCUAAGAAGAAGAUCAUGGAAUGUGUGGUGCAGUGGUUGGACAAGCAGGAUCGUUUCAAAGACUUGGCAACAGGGAUGAGGCCUAAACUUGGCACAGAGUUGGAGUUGAUACUGCGAGGACCUUUUGAGCAUGCCAUACUCCAACUACAUUUAUUUACAGAUUAUCAUAUAAGGGGUCUACUUGCCGAGGAGGGAUCACCUCUACACAACAAAGGAGAUAGAUCAGAUCUUGCGAGCAUAUGUGAGGAAAUAUCAAAUUACAUGAUCUAUCUUCUUGUUGUAAACCCUUCCAUGUUGCCAGUCAGUACCACUGCAGAAGAUACACUUGCAUUGUUCCCAGAGAAAAUAUUCUCUACCGGCAGGGGUGGUGUCAGAGAUAUGUCAAUCCUUGUGCUGGAUAGACUUAAGCUAUUUGUCCUAAAGAUUUGUAAUUACUUUGUGAAGGAGUCUUCAACAGAUAGGACAGUAGCCCCUGCAGACCUAGGCUUGGAUCUUCCCCUGUCUACCAGCCAGAAACAUAUUCGAGAAGUGCUACAUAAGGAUUGGACGGCUGCUGGAGAAAUUGAAGGCAAAAUUCUGUUGGGUGCCCGAGCUUUAUUGGACUUUCCAGAUUCUGAAUUGACCAUCGAUGAAUUAUUGGCGGAGAUCAAAGAAAUAUGGAUAAGGCUGCUUGUUUAUGCAGCAGGCAAGUCACACGCAGAGGCACAUGCACAACAGAUGAGCAGAGGAGGAGGGGAGCUGCUCACAUUUGUUUGGUUACUCAUGGCUGCCCACUAUGAGCUCGGUGAUGUUGCUCGCAGGCUCGAUCUUGUUUCAUCGUCAUCUGGUGCUGGAGAGGGAGAUCGGCUUUUCGCCUUCAAUUUUCCAUCUUAUGAACGACCUACACCCAUGUAGGCCUUGCAUUGCAGGCUCACAGAUAUUUGCAUGGUUCAGCAACCUGCAUGCAAGUCAAGCUAGGCUUAAUAUGAGGUCAUGUUUACUCUCCUGACCCUCAUCCGUGUCGAAACAGUUGUGGUUAUCCCAGAGAGGCCAUAUGUUGUAGUAGGUCAUUCAUAUUGUCCGGAUAGAUAAUUUAAGAUGUUGUAUAUAUUUGUUUCUACUGCUGCAAUAACAUUUUAACAAAAUGUUGCAUUUGGACUGCAAUGACCCUAUACCAUAAAUGUCGUUCCUAUACAUUUUGGAAGUUGCGACUGUAAUUGUAUAAACUUGUGUGUGUUCAAUCAUGUAUGCGAUGUGAA